GCUCAGCCCUACUAGGUAUGUAAACUGUUUCCAUAUCUAUGACAAGUGGUUGUUGUGGACAACUGAAUUCAACGUUGUGAAUUCAACAUUGUAUCAAAGAGAUUUUCCUGACGUAUAAAACCCGUGACUCUUAAUUUAGUCAGUGAUACGUACACCGUGUCUAAAACCGUCGUGUCUUUGCUCAACUUUGAUGCUUCAAAGGGACGUGACAACACAGGAACCAUUCCUGCCGUUGGCUGUCUCGAGUGUCAAUCAAGAAGAUUACGGCUACAUCAUGACUCUGCCGUCACCGAUUGGUUGGCCACACACCAUAAUCUCACUGUCCAGUCCCGAGGUUUGGUUCACCAUGUUGGAUCAAGUGUUCAUCAUCAUUAUAUCGCUCUGUGUACAAAGGCGUAUCAUGCCGGUGACAAGUACUCGUCGUGGGCUAAAAGUGUAGUUCUGUCGCGUUGCCUUCCCGUUCCUUUGCUGACAACCGGACUCCGCGACACGUUCUCGAAAGAACGGAGGGAUUACUGUUUUGAUUUGGAUACACUGACACCCAGGAGCUAACACUGAGCUCUUAGGUUCAGUGUCGCGGUCUUUUUCAGUCACAAGAGUCUCCAUGCAAGCGUUUUAAAGGAUUAAACUUUUUCUUAACAUCACCCAGUGACUCUGGGGGAACUUUGUCGAGCCCAAGAGGACAGCGUGUGUGUUAGAAAAGCCAAAGACUGUCGAUGGGGGAAGUAAGUUGCCAGUCAGCCCGUCUGCGAGGAUAUCUCCCCUGCUAUUUUGACGUGUGCUCGAUGCUUGUUCGCUGUCACAAUGUGGAGGAUGUCAGCGAAGGCGCCCAGUUCAGUAGUUCUGUGUAAUAUGUGAGUGAGGUGGGUCACAAGGCCUGGGCCUGCCUACCGUAUUGGGGCCUGGGUGAGGAUACACCUCUUCUGUACCGGAUCAGCGGCGAUAAUUAGAGCUCGGAGAUUACCACUGUUUACUGAGUAGCCAUUGGGCCUGCACUGACUUCCGCGAAGAGGGAGGCUUUAGUUUGGAAUAAUAGAUGCAAUUUCCAGGCAGCCUGGAGCACGGGUGGCAGGAACGGCAGCAGUGCUGGACCAGAGGGUCCGGCAAACUUGGACACUUCAAAAAGACGAGAGCUCGUUUUCCUAUGUGACAAGCAUCAGACCACACUGAAAGGAAGCAGAGUUCAAUCAGCAGGGAGGGGGUGCCAACAUGAUCAUGUGGGACAUUUAGGGCUUCCGUUUUUAUUUAUUGAGGGGUGGGCGGGUUGUUUUCAGUUAUUUAUUUUGGUUUUACCUUAUUGGUAGUACAUCCUGGUGCUUUUAGGUCUUGGUAGAAGUAAGACACUUGUGUAGUCAUAUUUUCACAUGUCCGUUAUUCCCUCCGCCAGAUCCUUGUUGAACCAGAAUGGCAGGAAUCCCUGUAGAUAAAGAGACAGUCAGAGAAUCUAAACCCCCAUUCAUGUUGUCUUUGUUUACUAUAAGUUGCAUUGAUUGUACUGUCGGAGCCUGGUAGCCAUUAUCAUCACUUCGACUUUGAUAAGUGAAUGACUCUUUGUGGCACAACAGCUUCAAAUGUUACAAAAAUGAUGGCUGCGUAUAAUGGUGGCUCCUCGGCCGUGGCUGCACAUCACCCUCACCACCACCACCAGCUGCAGCAUCUCCCGCCUCCACACAUGCAUCACCACCACCACGUGGGCCAGCAUCACUUGCAGCACCCGGGCUCCGCCGCUGCCGUUCACACCAUCCAACAGCACACCUCCACUACAGCUGCUGCUGCUGCCGCUGCUGUGAUGCUCAACCCCGAUCAGCAGCAACCGUACUUCCCUUCUCCGGCCCCUGGACAGGCCCCAGGGCCCGCAGCGGCUGUGGCUCCAGCCCAAGUUCAAGCCGCAGCUGUCAAAGCUCACCAUCAUCACCACAACCACCACCACCAUCAGCAGCAGCAGCACACACACCACCUGCAGCAGCAGCUUGAUAUCGAGCCUGACCGGCCUAUUGGCUAUGGUGCUUUUGGGGUAGUCUGGUCAGUCACAGAUCCCAGAGAUGGAAAGCGAGUCGCCCUGAAAAAGAUGCCCAAUGUCUUCCAAAACCUCGUUUCCUGCAAGAGGGUGUUUCGAGAACUGAAGAUGCUAUGUUUCUUUAAACAUGAAAAUGUUCUCUCUGCUCUUGACAUUCUGCAACCUCCACACAUUGACUACUUUGAAGAAAUAUACGUAGUGACUGAACUGAUGCAAAGUGACCUCCAUAAGAUCAUUGUGUCACCACAGCCCUUGAGCUCAGACCACGCCAAGGUUUUUCUCUAUCAGAUUCUACGAGGAUUGAAGUACCUUCAUUCGGCUGGCAUUCUUCACCGAGACAUUAAACCUGGCAAUCUCUUGGUCAACAGCAACUGUGUGCUAAAGAUCUGUGAUUUUGGCCUGGCACGAGUGGAAGAGACUGAUGAGUCGCGGCACAUGACUCAGGAAGUGGUGACACAAUACUACCGAGCACCAGAAAUCCUGAUGGGGAGCCGCCACUACUCCAACUCCAUCGAUAUCUGGUCUGUUGGGUGUAUCUUUGCUGAGCUGCUGGGGCGAAGAAUUCUCUUUCAAGCCCAGAGUCCCAUCCAGCAGCUGGACUUGAUCACUGACUUGUUGGGGACUCCUUCGAUGGAGGCGAUGAGGACAGCGUGUGAAGGAGCUCGUGCACACAUUCUCAGAGGACCGAACAAACAGCCAUCCCUUCCUGUUCUUUACACACUGUCCAGUCAAGCGACUCAUGAAGCUGUCCACCUCCUCUGCAGGAUGCUGGUGUUUGAUCCGUCGAAGCGGAUUUCAGCAAAGGAUGCCCUGGCGCACCCGUACCUGGAUGAGGGUCGACUGCGCUACCACACAUGCAUGUGCAAAUGCUGCUACACUAUGUCCUCUGGCCGCGUUUACACAAGUGACUUUGAGCCUGUCACCAACCCAAAGUUUGAUGAUGGAUUUGAAAAGAAUCUAAGCUCUGUGAGACAAGUCAAAGAGAUCAUCCAUCAGUUCAUUUUGGAACAGCAAAAAGGGAGUCGAGUACCACUGUGCAUCAACCCUCUGUCAGCUGCUUUCAAGAGUUUUAUCAGUUCCACAGUGGCUCAGCCCUCCGAAAUGCCUCCUUCGCCACUGGUGUGGGAAUAGCUGCUGUAGUGAGUGGGGUCAUCUUUGCCAACUGUGAAGAUGCUAAAACGGAAUCACAAAAGCGUCUCAAUGUCUUCUGUCACCUGGGUAGCGUUUCACUGGAAAGCAGGGCUCUUCGUUCUGCUGCUCAUAUGCUAAAAUAUGAAGGAAAGAAAAAAGAAAUCCACUCACUAAUGCGGGUGUAUUAGAAGGUCGCAAAUUUAGGGGGGGGGGGGGGGGAAUACUUUGUAGACCAAAUCAGAAUGUGGUAAAUGUCGUGUCAUCCACUAAGAUUUAACAUCACACUGCUCUGUAAUGAAGUCCAUUUGUUUUUAAUGUACAUAUUUGAACAACGGAUUUGUAUUUUAAAAAAUGUUCUUUUCAUAAGAUGUGAUUGUGACUUUCCCCCUUGUGACAAGGCUUGGACUACUAUAGCUGUCUUUUGGUCUCCACUUUCAGUGAACCAAAUUGGCAUGAAACCCAACCUGAUUUUCAGACAAUCGACUGUAGCUACAUCAUCAGAUUUCUUGGGGCGAACUUUUCUUAACAACAAUGUUCCUGAGUACAUUAAUGAAUUUACUGAUACUGUACUGCUCCACACUUUUUUUGUACUUGUAGUAAGUUUAAUUACCAAAGAUGAUGAGACAUACACGCAAAAUGUCAAAAUAUUCCGACUGUGCGAAAAAUGGGCGUGUUCUUCAAUAUCAGGCCAAUUUUUAAGUCAGCAUUAUGACAAGAAAUAUUUUUUUGGGCUACAUCCUCAACUUCUGAAUCACACUCUGUAUCGGUUUCAGAGGUCAUUUUGAUUAAGGGAAUAUCAAAUUUGCAAUUUCCAGAGGCAGGAAUGGAAUUCAUUUGAACAUGUAUGUGAGGUUUUCCACUCAAAAUGAAUGCAUGUUGUCAUGCAUGCAAUUUGAGAGAUGAUAUAUGCAAACCAAUUUUCUGGGAGAGGCACUUAUAAUUUGAAUUGCUCAACCGUAGUUACACCAGUACGAGUCGGCUAACACCAAGAAAAAAAACCAGCCGAAGUUUUUCAACAAGUUAAGUCUUUUUAAUUGUUUUUUUUUUGGUAGAAAGGAGCUUCACAUGCUGCCGUGCGAUAUAAACACGCUUGCUCAGCUGAGGCCACACAUGCCAUGUGAAGAGCAAAAGUUAGGCAAUGGCUUAACAAAUACAAAAUGGAUGAAAUACGCAAAUAUGUAUUUAUAGGGGCGGCCCGGUAGUCCAGUGGUUAGCAUGUCGGCUUCACAGUGCAGAGGUACCGGGUUCGAUUCCAGCUCCGGCCUCCCUGUGUGGAGUUUGCAUGUUCUCCCCGGGCCUGCGUGGGUUUUCUCCGGGUGCUCCGGUUUCCUCCCACAUUCUAAAAAUAUGCAUGGCAGGCUGAUUGAACACUCUAAAUUGUCCCUAGGUGUGAUGGUUGUUCGUCUCUGUGUGCCCUGCGAUUGGCUGGCAACCGAUUCAGGGUGUCCCCCGCCUGCUGCCCGGAGACGGCUGGGAUGGGCUCCAGCACCCCCCGCGACCCUAGUGAGGAUCAAGCGGUACGGAAGAUGAAUGAAUGAAUGAAUGUAUUUAUAGUAAAAAUUUAAAGUAACAUUUUCAAUUUUACCGAGUAAAAAUAAGUUGGCCGCCAUGUAAUAUUUAUCGUAUAUGCACCUCCUCUAAUUUAAACACGCUCAUCUUGACCUCACUCAUAAACAGCACAUUUCUAGUGCAAAAAGAAGUUUAAAAAAUGUUGUCUAUGAGCUUUUCCUGGACUCACUCUCUGUAAUUCUUGAUCAAAGAUGUCAAAAUUAGCCUGAUUGUGUCUGUGUGCCGCAACUCGGUGCUUAUCGGGCUAUUUCGUUGCCCUCCGUGUGUCUUUAAAUACGGUAGGAUAAUGAAAGUUCAAGUUGAUGAUCAAGUUCAGUUGUAUCGAAAGAAGCAACGGCCAGUUAGAAGGGAACUGAAAUGUUUAUUGACUUUAUUCUUCCCUGAAACACAAAGGGGGAAAAAAAGCAAUGUAGCGGGUUUUCUAUUGAUGAAAUUAAUUGUAGACCCCUUGGGGUAAAAAAAGAAAAAGGACAUCCAUCUUGCAGAACUACUUGGUGACUUAUUUUGUAUGCCGCAGACCCUUUCUGUGGACGACCCUAUGACACUUUUACAACAGGAUGUGAGUCUUUUCUGCAAUUCCAAUUCAAUCGUCGUUUUCCCUCCUCUUUCCUCGACGUCUGCGCCGCACAAGGAAGUGAUCUGAUCGUUUUUAGCUGAGGUCAAGGUCGUGCGUGUAAAAGGGGAGGACCGACAAAAAGAUCUCCGGCAAAGUUUUGCGCUUAGAAAUAAAGCAAGCAGGGGAAAAAGUGACGGCUUAGAGCAGGCAAGAUCCAGCCCGUCCUUUGGAAACUGCUCUAUUUUGAAACAUUUCUUCGAAUGCUUUGUCGAUCUGAGGACUGUAGGGAUAAACAGGGGACUCGUCAUCCAAAAGAAACCGCGCCAAGCUAGAAAGCAGUAAAACCAGCAAUAGCAUUCUCUCAAGGUUGGAAUUUAUAUCACAAUCUAACUACGGACUUUCAGCUCACCAAGAUCGUCAACAGGAAAUUAGUAGCAUAUUUAACUUGUUUGUAAAUGGUCACGAAUGUCCCAGGUCCCCCCGGUUCCUCUUCAUACUUGUACACUGUAUCCAGAAGAAAUAGCUUUGAAGUAAAUUAUUUAAUAUAUUUUUAGAAGUUAUUUUCUAUCCUGUUCCUGUUGGGAAGGCAUGUGUUCUCCUCACACCUCAGAAAUUAUGCUUAUGUAUAUAUGUGAAAUAGAGAAGCUAAUACACACACACACACACACACACACACAAUGUACCACUGUAUACAAAAUUGUGUUAGCCUGCACAUUUCUAAGGCUGUGAAGUCGAUUUUAUUUUUAAACCUUGCAUACAACUGUACAUACUUUCUUUCUUUUUACCCCGCAACGAGGAAAUCUCAAACGGCGCUGUCCAGUGGAAUACGCAGUAAUAUCAACCGUAUGUUGUGUGUAGAGCAAAUUUGUACAUAAAUAGAAAGGAGAAGCCUCAUUUUGUUAGCGAUGUACACUCUGUCACUUGCGGCAACGCCGCGUGAAUAUGUUGAGGAUUCACCGUGUUGCUCUCUACCUCUUGAGCUCUCCGACUUGGUUUUGGUUACCUCCAAAUGUUGACGGAGAGGAAUUAAAAAAAAAACAC